CUAUUGCCCAUCCAUAUCUUGAUUCUCUGUGUUGCGCUGAUGCUGAGUGAAUGGCGACAACAAUUACAUUCCACGUUCGCCCAGCUCCACCCGCCUCUCUAAUCAAACCCCAUUUCUCGCCGGCGUGUGCAUUUCAUUCUUCAUCUUCUCAGAGGUUUAAGAUGUCUUCCGCCGCGCAGGCGCUGCCUCCUCUCCCAGAUAAUCGCGUUGUGUUGGGUUGUGGAGGAUUAACGAUGGAUUAUUUGGCGGCUGUGGCUUCUUAUCCGAGCCCUGAUGAUAAGACUAGAAGCACCAGCUCCAAGGUUCAAGGAGGUGGGAAUGCAGGGAAUGCAUUGACAUGUGCGGCUCGUCUGGGUUUAAAACCUCGGCUGAUUUCCAAGGUAGCUGGUGAUCCUCAAGGUAAAGGGAUAAUAGAGGAGCUAGAAGCUGAUGGAGUCGAUUCAUCACUUAUUGUGGUUUCUGAAGGGGGAAACUCACCAUUCACCUAUAUUAUCGUUGAUGAACAAACGAAAACAAGGACUUGUAUCCACACUCCAGGUUAUCCUCCCAUGACACCUGGCGAGCUAACAGAAUCGAACUUGUCAGCAGCAUUGGAUGGUGCAAGGCUAGUGUAUUCUGACGGAAGGCUGCACGAGACUGCUUUAAUUGUGGCUCACGAGGCAACUCGUAGAGGUAUUCCUAUUUUAAUCGACGCGGAAAGGAAGAGAGAAGGUUUGGACGAUCUUUUGAAUUUGUCGAAUUAUGCCAUAUGCUCGGCUAAAUUUCCACAGGAAUGGACAGGCGCUCCAACUGUCCCUAGUGCACUCGUUUCUAUGCUUCUAAAAUUGCCGAAUAUCAAAUUUGUAGUAGUCACGUUGGGUGAAGAUGGUUGUGUGAUGCUUGAGAGGUCAAGUGAAAGUGGGCUAUCUGAAGAAGUGGAUGUCGAUGAUUUAUUAGAGACAUUAAAGCUGAAAAAGGAUUCCGACACCACCUUCCCAACAUGCGUAUCGUCGAAUGAGGUGAAAUUGCGCGCAAAGGGGAUAGGGUCCGUAUGCGGCAGGCUGCUUUUAGGAACAGCCGAGAAGAUUCCAGCUUCCGAACUUGUUGAUACUACCGGUGCUGGUGAUUCAUUUAUCGGAGCAAUUCUUUACGCUCUUUGCGCCGACAUGCCAGCUCAAAAGAUGCUGCCUUUUGCCGCUCAAGUGGCUGGUAUUGGGUGCAGAGCCAUGGGGGCAAGAACCGGUCUUCCACAGCGGACCGAUCCUCGUUUGACUUCUUUUUUAGUGUAGAGAUCCCAAGUGAUGGCCAAACUACUUAUGGUGCAGUGAUUGAUGUUAAAACAAGAAGUGGUCAUCAGCUUGGUAUUUUCCUUUUAGUGUUUUUGGCUGGGUUUUUCUGGACUGAUAUCUUGAUUUACCUGUUGCAGUUCUUGCCUUAGAUAAUGACAUGAUUCUUUAUUUCAAAUAGUGGUGCUUAUUUCAAUAAGUUUCUAUUUUGUGAGU